GAGGCACAAGUCUGCUGAGGCCAGCCGUGGGUGCUCACCCUUGGCCCUCCUCCUGGCCACUCAGAGGAAGGCUUGAGCCGGAGCCCUAGGAGGAAGCCUGUGAGGGCGACAGAGACCGGGACGCAUCCCACCCACAGAGGAGCCAGCGAUUGCAGAACCCAGCCGCCAUCCUGGAGGUCCUCACACCCAGUCCCCUUCAGCCCCCCGAGGAAGGGAUGCAGAAAGACACUCUGAUGCCACCCUCCUCUGCACCCUCGGCCUCCAACAGCGCCCUCAGCGCAGGCCAGCAGGCCGAUGUGUCGGGAGUCCCUAGCAAGAGCCAGACCGGGUGCCGCGCCGCCUGCCCCAAAGCCUGCAGAAAGCCCAGCAUAUGCACGGUGAUCCUGGAGGUUAUGGCGGACAAGGGGGGACGCAGCCGCGUGUCCCUGACCACCCUCAAGAAGGCUCUCAUCACCACGGGCUACAACAUGACCCGCAACGCCUGGCGCUUCAAGAAAGUGCUCAAGAGGCUGGUGGACAAGGGCAUACUCAAGCGGGUGUCCAGCAAGGGGACCUCAGGCUCCUUCCGCAUGAACAAGAAGCAGGCCUCCAAGUUCAAGCUCGAGGCCAAAGGACGGGGACAGCAGAAGCAGUGCCGGUCUAGGCAGCGCGGGUCUGGGCAGCGGAGGUUUCUACUGAGCUCCAAACAAGGACGCAGGCGGCUAAUCAAGGGGGCUCGCAGGGCGGCCAAAUGCCGCCGCAAUUAAGGAGGCAGGCCCAGGAAAACUCGCAGAGGGGCCAGGCCCACCGCAGGCUCAGAGCAGUGGCAAUAAAAGGAGCCUGACUUAUUUAAUUCCUGUCUCCUGGAGUCUUUUUGGAGUUCGAGGGGGUGGGGAAGGAAGAGUGCUGGGGCAGGGAUGGGGGUGAGGCCAUGGGUAGGGGAAACCUGGGCAAAUUAAAGGCAAAUUAAGGGCGAGAUGGACUUAGGAAGGGCUUCGUGAAUGGGAAACACCCAGAGGUAUGAGCGGGUCUCACCACACCACAGGCACAGCAACCAAGGCCAGAAAGGGUCACAGUAAG